AUGAGAAUUCCCAUUGCUCCACAUCCUUACCAACAGCAGAUGCUGGACUGGAGAUUAGCAAGUGCACAUUUUAUCCUGGCUGUGACACUGAUGCUCUGGAGCUCAGGAAAAGUGCUCCCAGCGGGCGUCACAACAGAGGCCUUUGAUUCUGGAAUCUUAGGUGUUCAGUCAUCACCCACAGUGAGAGAAGAGAAGUCGGCCACUGACCUGGCAGCAAAACUCUUACUUCUUGAUGAACUUGUAUCUCUGGAGAAUGAUGUGAUUGAAACAAAGAAGAAAAGAAGCUUCUCUGGGUUUGGUUCUCCCCUGGACAGACUCUCAGCUGGCUCUGUAAGUCAUAAAGGUAAACAGAGGAAAGUAGUAGAUCAUCCAAAAAGGCGAUUUGGUGUCCCUGUGGAUCGGAUUGGAAGAAACCGGCUUUCAAAUUCCAGAGGCUAA